AUGCAAACAGUGUCAAGCCUGCAACGCAAUGCUGAAAUGCAAACUCUCUCGCAUGGUGCUCCUCUUUUCGCUGUUCGUGCCAGUCUUGGAUUCUUUUGCAGCGUUUAUGAGACUUGGAAAUCGAUCAUACUUCCGGCCCUACAGAUUUUAGUCAUCAUACUUUUGGCCCUACAGAUUUUCGUGGUAAAAGUCACUUUGGGGGAUUUUGAGAACUCGAAAUGGUAG